CCUCUGCAGUUGUAUGAUUUCAAAAAAGGUUAAACGGAUAUAAAUCAUUCAGUGAUAAACAUCUAAGCGUUUUUGGAAACUUAAUUUUAAUGUUAUUAUAAGCCUUAUUAGCAGCUAUAAUUGCAUUGUUUUAUGCAUUGUAAUUUACAGUCAAGUUCUCCGAAUAUAAUUUAUCGCCGUCGCUUUUCCAACGCUGAGGCUGUGUAGUUUUGGUGCACCGCUGAUAACAACAAAUUAACUUUUCAUUCUUUCAUUCCUCAACAAUUUUACUAUUUUGUUAUUUAUUUAUAAUAGCGAAAUAUGAUGACGGUUGUAAGAAAACAAGCAAAUAAACAAACUUAGAUGCUUAUCAGUAUAUCGAAAUCGAAAGAAAAUUCCAGUCAGCCAGUGAAACUUGCUAAACAAAGGAAACCGUUUAAGUGGGCCAAUGGCCAUGUAAUAAUUUAUUUCAACAAUCGAUUCUUUUGAAGAAAAUUUUUAAGCAACAAUAUGAGUGCGUCAGUUAAACGAGAUAAGUUGUUCAAAUCCUGGACAGGAAUUAGUGAAGUGGCACUUAUCAAAGAGGUUGCAACCAAAGGAGAAAACAUAGAUCUCUGUAUUGAGUAUUGGGCACGAAAACGUAAAUUGCCCCUACCAGAAUAUGAGCUCUUCUUUCAAGAUGUAGUACAAACAUAUGUGCAACGGUUGCUCACCGAACGCCUUGUUUGCAAAGCAGAAAUGGUGCUAAACAAUGUUAAACGUGAUGUUAAAAGUUUCUAUUACCAAUUCGCCUGUGAGUGUGAUGAUGAGGAGCUGCGCGAACUUGUAAUGGAUCAUCUGCAGAAGAAGGAUCCACAAAACUAUGAGUCUGAUUUGCUAGAAUUGCAAUUCUAUUGGGACUUACUACAACAAUUGCAAGCGAGUCCCGAUCUACUGGCCAAGUGCAAAGUACAAUUGCGACGCGUAAACAUAGAAACGCUGGUGCACUGCAAUGAAUCAUAUCUCAAUAAAUUACUAGCAGAGUUAUAUUUUUUAAGUCUCAACCCAUCGCUGUUGAAACGUUUAAACAAAUAUGAUAUGUGGAGUUAUUUGGUCGAAGAAGCGAAAUUUGGACAAUUAGUACGUUGGUGCACAUUAGCGGGCCAGCCAACGCAAAUUGAGUAUACUGAACUAGACUUGCUAUAUUGUGGUUGGGAAGUGGAAGCUGAAAUGUUUGAGCUUGCAUUAAAAGCUUUGGAAAUGCCUAAUGAAACACUGCGAAAUUGUUUUGCUGCUGCGGGAUACUUUUUUGGCGAUGAAAGAGAAGAUGUGGCCAUAGUGAUACGACGUUUAUGCACUACUGAAAGUUUAGAACGUAACCGUGAACUAUUGGAGAAGUUACCGUUGGGGCACUUUUUGUUGAAUCGAGGCCUGCAUACGUUGCUGCUACGUGACUUUGUCAAGACACGCGAACUUGAAGAGAUGAUCGAAGAAUUUCCAGACGACGAGGAGUUGCUCAAGUUUUUAGUAGCAUUAAAAGAAAAUAAAACUGAUGAUUUGGAGGAAUUCGAGAAAGUCUUUCAAGCAACCAAAGUGUAUUUAGAGCACCAAGGUAUUGACUUUAACAACACCCAACCAUUAGUAACAUUAUUUGACUUUCUUAGCAACGAACCCAGUGUGGCAAAUUUGAAUUGUUAUUUACACACCACAGCGCUACAAAACAUUCCAUAUUUGAAGACAUUAUCCAUCAGAAAUCCAGUGCAUAACAGUGAGUCCAAUAUCACUAAUGGUUCAGAUAAUUGUAAUAAUGGAAACGGCAAGUAUAUUCCCACACCAUAUGAUUUUCUAAGAAAGUUCAAACAAAUUGAUAUGAAGGAAGUUUCGAAAGAGCUUCAAACCGACAGCUUAGCAUCAUUCUCUAACGAAAAACUUUGUGCAAAAUUCGGCCGAAAGUAUAAAUUAAAUUUUUUACAUUAUUUGAAACAGCAACGCAGUUGCUACGCUGUCUAUUACUUUGUCAUGGACCAUUUACAGCAAUAUGGUCAAUUGACCAAAGGUCACCUCUUCAGGGCUUGUGAAACCGUUACAGAAUUUGCGCUGCAACACGCUAACAAUAUGGAAUUAGCUGCACACUGCACAGCUUUCAUUGAGAUGCUCGGUUAUGAUUCGCAAUACUUACGUAAUUACCUGAAAUUAUGUCGUCUUCUUGAAUAUGAGGAAGAUGAAGCAAAUGAGGUCGUAGUUAAUACAGCCAUCAAAAAUUUUACACAACUAUUGGCUCGAGUCGAGAGUCUAUUACUACAGCGCAUUGUGAAAGAACCAGCCAAAUUUCCUUUAGUUGACUAUCAGGCACUAAUGCGUAUUGUAGUCUGUAGUGGUCAGCGUCAGUGGCCGAUGAAAGUAAUGCAGCAUUACGCAUGUGAUGACGAUUGGUGGCGACUCUUGGUGUUGAUGCAAUACUUCGAUGUACCACUUUCCCAACUACAAAUUUUGAUAGGUCAUUUUGAAUCACGCGCCAUGGGCGAACAUUUGCUGCGCUCGUUUUUAUGUGAAGUGCCACCGCAAUCGAAGCGGCACGCGAGCUUCUCGCGUCAAAAGAAAAAACCCGUGCGUAAAGGUGAAGCAAAAACCGUCACCACCUCUUCUGAAACUAUUACCUCCAUAACUUCCGCCUGCAAUGAUCCCAAUAAUGCCGUAUUCCGCACUGCACCCAGUCAACAACGCCUGCAUUUCUUGCCCGACGCUUGUGGGCGUUUAGAUCUAUUUGCUAUUGUUUUGCUCAGCAGCACGGCCGUGAAUGAGCAGUAUGUGAACAGUACAACUAAAUUUCUCGAACUCAUGCAAGAUCAGCGUACACAAGCGACAUCAUGGAAUUUGCUCAGAAACUGCGUGAAAUACCGAUUACCUGUGCUGGCGGUACUUGCAGCUACAGUUUAUCAUGUAAAUGUCGAAUGGCAGUGGCUUGUGUGGCUUGCUGUUGCCACAAAUCAGUGGACUGAAGUGAUAAAGUUGUCCACAAUGGAUAUGGAAAAAGUUUCCUGGUUGCUAUUGGACACUGCAGUGCGCCAGGGAGAUGUAUGUCUUUUGCUGCGCAGUUUUCGCAUAUUUUUUAAGGAGAAUCCCUUCGCACAUCUCUGUCGUUUUCUACAACGUACUCAACGGAAACGUUGCUUCGAUGAUGAAGAUGUGCAUUCCCUACGUCUCUUUCUGCUCGCUUGGAGCAACGAUUCCAUCACAAUGCCCUUCUGCGCUACACUACCGCGCAACGAGCUCAUGCAUCGUAGCAUUCGGUUACUUCUCGUGCAUUUACAGCACAAUUUCGACUCGACUUUGGAGCAACAAAAAUUAAUUAACUGCAUGUGUCGCUCCGAUAUGAGCGAUAUUAGCGUCAAAAUGGAUUUUUGCCGAUUGCAAGCCAUAUUCGAAGCGUUGCAGACGCGUCCUGGUUGGGCUGAGUACUACAAAAUCGAUUUUGAGCAACUCGCGGAAGAAAAUAAUCAGGUUUAUGAAGGACUCUUGGAAGAAUUGCGUGCGAAAGGAGAAUACGAUGUGGCGGUACGCUUGGCCACACUACUACAACAACCCAUCAGCGACAUUGUUUACACCAAAUGGAUAACCAAACUGGAUUUGACAGGCUCAGCCGACGAUGAAGCACCAUAUGCGGAGAGCGCCUUUCAGUUAUAUGAAGAGGAAAUUUCCGAGCAUUCGCUGCCGCCGGAAUUACUCGUCAACUUUUAUCUCUAUGCCGCCGGUCGCCUGUCAAAUCCAUGCGCACGCAAGUACCAACUUCUUAAACGCGCCCUCACAGUAAUCAAACAACAUCACCUCUUUCCGAAUGAGUCAUUCGAUCGUGAUCAAAUCGAAUAUGAAAUGAUUAUUUGUUAUCUGCAAUUGGACGAUGAAGUGGCAUCCGAGAUGGGCAUUUAUCACUCUGAAUAUUUCGAGCAAAUCAUGUUGAAUGAACGUUGUGUAUUAUAUAAAUCUUUCCUAGAAUUGAAGGAAUUAGCAGGCAUUGAAGAUCUUAAUGUCAGUAUAAAGCAUCCUUUGACCCGACAAAUGGAGGCACGUCUUGAGGCUCAGCUCAAUUUGCUGCUUGAUAAGGGCGACAUUGUAGAGGCAUUGCGCCUACAGGAGCUUUUCGAAUGCCGUCCAAUCGACUUGCGUUUCGUGGUAUUUUGCAUGGCACUUGCCGAAGGUGUAACAACAAUUUUUAGCAUGUCUUCGGAGGAACGACAAAUGUUGCGUGAUAUUGAGAUAAGCUCGUUUGCGAAAUUCAAUAAACGGACACUGGAUAGUGGUUUGCUAACGCGCGAAGGUCAAAAUUCGCCAUCCAAAGCCAGCAGCGAUCUUACAGACAGUUGCUCCACCUUCGAGUUCGAAGAGAUACCAUCGAAGGAAAAGCGAGAAACUUUGGAAACCAUUCAAGGCAUCGCUUCAAAGCUCACCUAUGGUGUUAGUAUUGGACGACGAAUUGUAAUGGUUUACCGUGCAGCUAUGUAUUUGGAUAAAGAGUAUUUGGAUGUGUUAAGAACGAAAGACACAACUGUAUUGCUGCAAAGUGUCUCCGAGGAAGGUUGUCUGCAUCGUUUGCUAGUUGUGAGUGAUAUACUCACAUCAUCGCAUAUGACAACGCAAGAGAUCGCUGAACUGUUGGCCUUAGAACUCGCAACGGCCAUUGUACGUCCACGCUUCUACAUUUUUACAACCGAUCAGCAAGCAAAGAAUGCUAUCAAGAACACACCCGUUUGGGGAUAUAAUAUCGAUCGUGAUUUACAUCUCUUUUUGGAAUUAGUGCCCAAUACAACAAAGCUGGGCAAUUGUCUAUUAGAAUAUUGUGAUGCAUUGAAGGCUUAUCGUAAAUUUCAAGACAAUAAACCUUACGAGCAUAAUAAUGUUUUUGAACGACUCGCCGAAAUCAUUAGACGUUAUGGUCUACCGACAAACAGCAGCGGCAAUCAAAUGCCAACAUCCAUUCCACCAAUAACUACUGCCACAAACGCCGGCUCAAUGUUGCCGCCAGCACAAGUGUUGUCUCACAAGAAACAGAAUAUCAUCUAUGUAGAGCUGCUGAUAAAAGCGCAUCAAUGUUACGUGCACGAAUGUUCCAUGGAAGGUAUUGCGAAUGUAUUGAAUCGUGCAAAAGCGCUAAAUACCGUACUGACAAAUGCCAAGUCCUGGUCAUUAAUUGUACGCAUGCUCAGCGGCAUAGGACGUUAUCGUGAAAUGUUCUACUGCUUCGAUUCGUUACUAAAGAAUGAACAAUUUGAAUCACUACUCGGACAAUUCGAUGAAGAGAAGACAAUUGGCCUACGUCAGGCCAUAAUAACAUAUCUACGCGAGUAUUGUCCAAAUAAUGGUAGGGAAUAUUUGAAAUUGACUGCUUUACACUUUCUUAUGUAUCAAGAGCUGGCGGAAAUGUGGGAGCAAGACGCACAGGCGGUACUAGCGAAAGUAAUUAAUCAAUCGGCUGUCAGUACUGCACUCUUGCCCGAGAAGAUGUCUAUGGCCAAUCUGACAUCUGCAAAUCCGACAAAAACAUUCAUACCCAAAUUACGUUGUACGCCAGAGUUAUCGCUUUUGUUGCAACAAGCUAUGGAAUACUACACGCAUGCCACUGAAAAUUAUUUACUCGACAAUAAAUUGCUUUUAGCUCAACGAGUCGCUUCGCUAGCUGAAAUGUUGGCAGUACAAAUUGAUUUGGCCAAUAAGGCUAUUUCGGAUCGUAGCGCUCCGGAGCCACACUUAUGUGUUUGUGUGGUGAAUGUGCAGACACGCGAUGAAUUUCGUGAGCUCAUCAAUGCGGAGUUGAGUGUACCGCAAUCGCUUAUACUAAGUAGAGCUUAUGGAUAUGACAUUAAUUGGUCUGAAGUUCUGCUCUCCCAAUAUGUUAUACUGGGGCAUGCAAAUUAUCUGCAGGAAUAUUUGCAACAUAUGCAAAUUAAUGAUAACAUCAUUGAAAAUACCGUUAAAGGUUUUCAACUCUACGCUCAACAUCAUCGCAUCAGCACGCGCAUGGAUGAACAUUUGUCACAAUUGGUGACUUUGAUCAAGUCUGUGACGCUCAAAUAUAAAUUGGCCUCUUUGCUUAGUCUGAAAGCGAUUGUCAUGUCGUUGAUAAACGACCAGACGUCACAUUAUUUGCGCGAUACGGAUUUUGGGAGAAAUGAGAAUUGCAAUUUGAACGAUAUGUGACAAAAUGUUAAACUAAAUCUAAGUAAUUUUAUGUAUAUUCAAUGUAUUUCCUUUAGCCUUAGCUUACCGAUGUCAGUUUUUGUUUUGCUUUUAAUGUUUGUAAAAUUUAUGUAAUAUUAUGUGUGAUUUAAUGUUUAUGUGACGGAAUUUUCUUCUUAUAAUAUUUG